AUGCACACGAGACCGGAUCGUACGCUUGUCGCAAAGUGCUUCUUGGAACAGAGUCGCAAGCGGAUCACCUUCCCCAAUGCCCGGACUUGCACGUACCAGGCGCUACGGGACAAGGCAUGCGCUCACACUUGGCUAGCUGUAGACCAGGCCUUCUCGCUGCAUUCAAAACAAUACUCUAUUCAAUACACCGACGACGAUGGAGAGAUAUCAAUUAUUACCUCGGAGGAUACCCUUACUGAAGCUAUCAACUAUUUCAACUCGGGUGGAGACGAAUCAUCGUCGUCGUCUCUCUUCGGCGGACCUCGCAAGAUCUCUAUUAGCGUCGAGAUCAACAUGGAGUACGAUGGUAUAAGUCUCUCUGAUAACUCAUCCAUUCGUAGCUUCGAGGGAAUUUCGAGUAGAAAUCUCAGCCAGGCCUCCUUCAAUUACAGUGCCCACCGACCAGAGGUUGACGACGACUCUGUCACGGUCAGCUCGCGGGAUACCGGUGCCCGAUCACCAUCUCGACUAUCCACUCCCUCUCUCAGUCCGCCGGAGGGCAGCGCCUCGUCGUCAAAUCUCUCUCCUCCACAAGUCACAGCAGUGAGCCAGAGCCGGUUCAGCGCAACCGCCGGCCGUCUGAGGAAGAUCGCCUCCUCUUUAUCUGGUCGGAGUCGCGAUCGUAGCUUCUCCGGUUUAGAAGAAUCGGCCGCCGCACGAUUCCCAGAAAACCCUUCCGCCGUAUUUGAGCGGCUGAGAUACGACGAGCAAAACGCGUCCGAUACGUCCAGCGUCGACCAUACCUUUGGCCGAGACGCCCGCGGAGCGGCUUGGUUAAGAGAGCAAAACGAGAGGGUUAUCAUCAACGUUCUAGGAGGCCUGCCUGCGCCAUCAGAAUCUGACACAUCGUCUGUGUCCAUCCAAGACGAUGCUCAAUCCGCUCGCUUCUCGGGGGAUCUCUCAUUGCAGUCGGAUGAUCGGGGCAAACGUUACUAUACGUACACCCCCGCUCGGUCCAACGCUUCUCAAUCACAAUAUGGUGAAAACGGAGCAACAUACGAAAGCGAAGCUGGUAUCCUUGACAGUAUGAGUGCACCGGGCCCUGCACGACCGAAUUCCAUGCAGCUAGAUUGGCUCGCCGCUCAGCAAGUUUCUUUCCCCGCUCCCUCCUCGCAAUCAAAUUCGCACAAUUCCGACCCACUACCAUGCCGCGAGCACAUUCACGAGAAUGGCAUUCCACAGGGCCUUGGACAAUACAUCCCCCCGGCCCAUUCACCGCCACCGGAACAAAUCACCGACUGCUCCGCCUGUGGUGUGAGACUUCACACCUUUCGGUAUGUCUGUUCGACCUGCGGACCAAAAGCCCCCAUAGGAGAGAGCCUUACACUCAAAGGGAAAGGGAAAGAAUCACCUAGUGGCUCUCCCGGCCUGACGUAUCCCCCUUGGAGCCCAGAAUUAUCUACCUCGCCGUCUAAUUCCUCGCGCACGCUGAUAGGUGACUUGGAUCUAUUUGGGAACCCUUUCCGUCAUAAACCACUUCCUUCAAUACCACCGAUAUCCGGGUCUCCUGGGAGUUCUUCGGGAUCGUCUCAGUCUGCUCAUGGACCUGGCUACGAACUCUGUUCGGGCUGCUUGGAAACUGACGGCGUGACCCAUGCUAAGGAAGGGCCUCUAAAUCCGACUCUGCCACCUUCACCUCAAGACUUGCAAGGACAUAGUUCCACUUCUCGACACAAGGCGCCUCUUCGCCACGCCUUCCAAGAGAAAGUCUGGGGACACACCGGCUGGGAUGACGUCGAACACGACGAAUCGAAGACUUCUAACUGCACGUUCUGCAAAGCCACCAAUCUGCGCAAAAGCUAUAAAUGCGCGUCAUGUAAGCAGCUCAACGUCUGUCGCGGAUGCUAUAGUCAAAUCCACGAACUACAUCCAUCUCACGCGUUUCUGGUGGUACCAGAACGACGAUUGCGUUCCUAUAGUGACCCAGAUCAUAUACCUGCAGCUCCUCUCGACAUGGGUGACGAAGAAACAAUGAAACAUCCGGGUAUCAAAUGCUCACAUUGUCUACAAGAUAUUGUCGGCGCACGAUUCCAUUGCCUACUUUGCCAGGCAGUGGACAUCUGUUCAAACUGCGAGUCCGCCGGAUUGCCCGGAAACUUCGACCCAACGGAAAGCGGCCAUACAUCGGCUCAUGUAAUGAUCAAGAUUCCGUAUCCGCUAGACUCUUCGGAGCUCCAUACGGCCAGUCAAAGAGCUAUCAACCUCUGGCAACGGAGAGAUGGUGGUAAUCUCAAUCACUCGACAUCAGAAACUGAUCUGAGCUCGGCCGUAUCAUCGUACGCGAAAACUGUGGUCGGCUCGGGGGUAUCGGGUAAUCCUCAGAGGGUGUCUCCUAACGAUCAUGGGACGAUAUGCAGAGGCUGCAACAAGCCCAUCAUCGGCAUCCGAUAUCAAUGCGCGACCUGCCCUUCAAAGCCAGCACCAUUCAGCCUAUGCGAGUACUGCGAAGAGCGAUCCUGGCAUAUUCACAACCCCCUUCAUGUCUUCUUCAAAUUACAUCGACCUGUGGAUGUUCCUUUGGAAUCGGAAACCCCAUUCUUGCCACUACUGUACUCGCAACAAGUUGCAGCAGGGUAUCAUGAUCUCCAUAACCCCAGAGGAUAUUUGCGAUCCCUUAGACAUGGAACGGCUUUAUGCGACUGUUGCAUGAAUCACAUACAAGGCGAAUGGUACCGCUGCGCGUACUGUGGGCGUGAUCUCUGCGAGGAUUGCGAGUCUAUUGACGUCCAUGAUGAAACGCACAUAUUCAUCAUGUUUAAAGGACCGGUCGAUAUGAAUCGCUUCAAACAAGCGUUCCAAAAUUACGAGGAUCCAAAUGGGAGCGUUCCCAUUAUAUCUUAUGCCGUAUAUACGAAGCCUGCAUAG